GUUCACCAUUGAGCCAUGGCGCAUAUAAAUUAAUUCAACUCAACUUCAGAGCCUCCUUUGUGUAAUCCAGGCCGAGCACACUGUCUUGGUCAAACUGUGCAUCAUAUAGCCUUGGGCGUGACGUGACGUAACGUCCCACGCCAUAUAUCCCAGUCCUUCCAUUCGCCCUCCCGGUUACCAGAACGCCGACGCUCGGGAGUCAAGAGACGAUAGACCGCAGACCAUCGCGCGCAAGGCUACAUCGCUGCUCAACCACUAAAGACACCAGGACAUGGCAACAGCGGCCGCAUACAGCAAAGCAAUGUCUUCGGGCGUUUCCGACGGGCAAAAUAUCUCCGUCCAAGCUCCCGACAACUCCUGGGCCCUGGAUCUGAACACCCUGGUUACCAUUGUGUUUGGGGUGAUUAGCAUUGCUUUCCAAGCCGGCCACAUGUACUAUGCGCGAGCGAAACAAAGAAGAAUAGAUGGACCCGUCCUAGACGAUAUCGAGAAUGACGGGGGGAGGCCUCUUGCACGCAGGGAGGAAGCGCAGUUCACACUAUGGCACCCUCAGCACAACUGGAAUGAGCUUGACGAGUACCGGGCCACAGACACACCGCGAGCACAACCCGGUCCCACGAUGUCCACCCGCGGUGGAGCUCCACGAAAGGUCCUCCGACGGGAUGAAGAUGGACAAGCAGGCGGGACAGGGCAUAUGCCUCCGGGUUACGUAUACCGCCGAUCUCCGUGGCAGAACAAUGACUGGGGACGAGACCCAAGCCCGAGGCUCAUUCCGACCGGGGCUGCCCUCGAAAGGCAUUAUGCCCCUCGUCAACAACCGGGUCUAGUCUGAAGCUUCUUUCUUCAGCUGUUGUUGGUGCAGGGUGCGAAUUCUGACAGGCAUCUGGCGGCGUUCGGAGGGACUGGAACAGCGUAGGAAGACCUCCUCCAUCGGACACACAGAGCGAGCCUUCCUUCUCUUGCCUGGUUGUUGGCCUAGCGUUGUGGCAUUAUUAUGGAAUUUAAACAGGUUCUCGUUGCCCCGGCAUGGUAAUGUGCGAUGUAGAUGCAAAACUGUCUGGUUGAGAGACUAUCCCCGACCGGAGCCGGUGCAUGCACCGCAAAAGCCCAGCGGCACACUACUGUGUCAAGAACUCCUCGAUGUCCUUAUCCUCAUCGUCCUCCUGCAGCUCCUGCAGCCUCUUCUCCUCGGCGUCCAAGAGCUUCUUGACCAUUGUCCUCUGCCUGCGGCGGGCCUUCUUGCCCCAGUCGGUGGCGGAGGCCGACUGCUGGGCCUCGCCCUCGGCAUCGCUGUCGUCGCUGUCCUCGGGGAUCUGGAUCUUGUGGCCGCGCAGCUCGUUGGGCGACAUCUUGGCCUUUGCCUCUGCCUCCGCUUCCGCCUCGGCGGCCUCUUUCUCGUGCUGGUUCAUCUGGGCCUUGCCGCCGAGCUUGAGCAGGUACGGCCGGACGAGCAUGUAGGUGCCGACGAUGAUGACGAUCCUGAUCCACUUCUCGGGGGACAUGCCCUCAAGGGUGCCGCGCAGGUUGCGCGUGAAGCGCUCGUAUGCGAUAUAUAGCAGGUUGAGUACGCCGUCCAUGCUGGGCAAUUGGUGCUGGGUGACGACAGGUGGUUGGUAGUCGGUGGUCGUCGUAGGACAGCGGUGGGAAGCUUUUGCAGUGGAAGGAUAUCGUUGGGUAUUUCGACCAGAAGUUAUGUGCAAUCUGCCAGCAGGUCGCCAGUGCCAGACGACAGCGUGUCAAGAUCUAGAUCGGGGAGUGGGAGGUUUGGGAGUUGUUGGUAGGUGCGCGAAUUUCGAGAGCUCUUUUUUUUUUUUUUUUCUCUCUCUCGAAGACAUGUAGUCGUCACGCCCCGAGCUUGGACGAAGCCAGGACGCACUGACCUGAGGCAGUUUACGACCUCCACAGCAACCUCACACUAGUCGCUAUCUCAGAAAAACAAGAGUUAC